AUGGAACUCGCGGGCGAGGACGCGUCAGCUGCGGCAAAUAACGAUAUUCUGUCGCCUCCUAAACGUCCACGGUCAAGUUUUUCAGAAUUCACGCUUCAUAAACGCAAGGAAGCCUCAUCAGCAGCAAUAGCAAGUGGAGAUUCAAUAGAAGAAGAAGAACUGUCAAAAAGACGAGAUACAAGUGGAGCAGAGGAAGGAAAUGGAGUAGAAGUGGUUUUUAGAGGAAACAGAAGAGAUACAGAGGAUAAAAAACAUAUUUAUAUGAUGGAAGGAGAAAAUGACAAGUAUAGAGGGGCAAAAAAGGGAACAGGAGGAGCAGGAGAAGAGAAAGAAGGGGUAAAGAAGGAAGAAAGUGUAGAAAAGAAGCAGUUUGCGUCUGGAAGAGGAGAUAGAGGGCAAAGAGGGGAGAUAGGACGUAAUACACUGUUUGGGCCAAGCAGUACAGUUGGUAUUUGCAGUGGGUAUGAAGAAAACAGGGAGAAUAAGAGAGGGGAAGGGAUGAGAUAUGGAGUAUUGGGGCCGACAGAGGGAUUGAGGGCGGCAGAAGCAGAUAAAAAGGGAGAUAGAGGGGCAGGAUGUGCAGGAAAAGACCAGGAAGAUGAUGGAAGAGGGAUGGGGGGCAGUAGAGAUGGAUUGGAAGGCGUUAGAGAGGGGUUGAGGAUGAACAAAGGUUCAGGAAGCAAUAGAGAAGAGCGGGAAGGAAGUAGACAAGGUUUAGAAGGUAAUAAAGAAAGUGCAGGGGAUAAAGUAUCUGGAAAAGCAAGAACAGAUAGGUGGAGUGCAUUGGAAAGACAGGAUAUAGGUGUGGGGAGGGAAAGGAAUAUACCGAGACGGGAGCCGGGUAGAGAUGAGCAGAAGAGAGUGAUUGGGCCAUUGCUGGAUGGGCAGAAUGGCUUUGAGGAGCAAUAUUAUGUGAUAUCAGGGCCGUGGAUGAAAAGGUACCGUGUGUAUCUCGAAGAAUGUGCGGGGGAUGGGAUGAAGAUGGGGCCGGUAGACCAGACGUCAUUGAUGGUUGAAGGACAAUUGAGACAAGGGAUGGUAAAGGGCACGGAUUAUGAAAUUGUUACAUCUACAGUAUGGGAGUAUUUGGUAGCAUGGUUUGGUAUUAAGGGAGAAGUGGUUUCCCGGGAGGCAUUGGAAGCUAAAGAGAAGGAAAAGGCGGGGAAAUUGUCUUUUGGUGAAUUAGGGGGCAGUGUUGGAGCAGAUUUUUAUGUUUUUCGACUUAUUCGGGUGAAACUUGGAUGCAUGGAUGGACUUAUUGGAACAAAAGGAUCUGAAAGAGAUAAUACAAACAAUAAUGGUAAUGAAACAACGUCAAAGAUGCCGUCUCUGGUGACAACAAAUACAAUGGAUGAUUGUUAUGAGCAUUCUACUAUGACAGACGUUAUAGACGAGCAAUCGACUGAUGAUGCAGGAGAUCAAGAGUUUGAGUGGCCUUUAGAUCAAACAAUGGUGACAAAAAAGGUCUCGGAGGGAUUGACAAAAACAGUGUCGUCCAAGUCGCCAGCAAUUCCCACGAGCUCAUCUGUGUGUCUUACUAUUAAUGGCAAUACGAUGGUUGCAACAUUAUUGCAGUCGAUUCGUCAGACGUUAGGAUUGGCGCCAACACAAUUGGUUCAACUUUGGCAUCAAGGAAAGCAAGUAAUGACGUUAUGGACAAUGUUGCCUCAAGGAACGACAGUAAAAAGUCUUGGGUUGCCGUUAAAUUCGGUACUUUUUGUUGAAACAACUGAUCGGGCUGUUCCAGCACCGCCUACACGUUUAAGUACAGAACCAUCGUCAGGCACGCUUUCGUCUAUAUUUGAUAAAGAACAAACGAAUUCUGAAUCACUAGCACUACUUGGUAUUCAAACAACGUCACUUUCAAAAAUAGGUGCAGUUGGUCUUCAAAAUCUUGGCAAUAGUUGCUAUAUGAAUGCUGCAUUACAAUGUCUUACACACACUUCAGAAUUAACAACGUAUUUUCUUUCUGGCGUAUAUCGUUGGGAAGUUAAUUCCACCAAUCCUCUUGGUACGGGUGGUCAAAUAGCUCGAUCAUAUGCUGCUUUGCUUAAUAGUCUAGCACAUACUAAUACAUCAUCCUUUUCCCCGAAAGCGUUUAAAAACUGUCUUGGACGUUUCAAUUUAUCGUUUGCUGGGCAUUCGCAGCAAGAUAGUCAAGAAUUGCUCGCUUUUUUACUAGAUGGUAUGCAUGAGGAUCUUAAUCGUAUUCAAAAAAAACCCUAUUUUGAAAAACCGACUCUUAGCGAUAUGAAUGAUGCAUUGAUUGCCGAAACAGCUGACAUUUGUUGGCAACUUCAUCGGAAACGUAAUGAUUCUGUCAUUGUAGAUUUAUUCCAUGGGUUAUAUAAAAGUGUUUUGGUUUGUCCAGCCUGUGAUCAGGUAUCAAUUACAUUUGAUCCGUUUAUGGAUCUCACUCUACCUUUACCGUUCAAAAAUCAAUGGGUUUAUCCUGUUACGGUUAUACCGUCUGAUAUCAACAAAAAACAAAUUCAGAUAACUGUUGAACUCGAUACUUUAUCAACAAUUGCGUCAAUGAAAGCUUAUGUUGCAUCUAAACUUAAUAUGGAUGCACAUGCACUUAUUUCAUCAGAGAUUUAUGCGUACAAAUUUUAUAAACAUCAUACUGACGCAAGCAUUGUCAGUACACAUCUUUCACCUCAUGAUCAAGUUUAUCUUUACGAGAUGCCAUCUUCUAUAUCAGACUUUGUCACUAAUAGGCAUAAAAUUGUUAUACCUAUUUUUCAUCAAAGAAUCGAAAGAACAUAUCAACAUCCUAUAGCAUUUGGAAUACCUUUUUUUAUUCUUUUAACACCAGAAGAAGCAUGUUCUUACGAUCUUAUUGUUAAAAAAAUUACAGAAAAAUAUAAGCAAUUCAUUCGUUCAAAAGAAAUAUUUCGGAAUCAAAAACAGCAGAGUAUCCAAGAAUCUGAUGAAACGAUUACUGUGGAAUUUCCUCAACAGUCUACAGAAAAUGGCCAUAAAAAAGAAGAUGGCCUUCAGGGUGAAUUUUUCGACUUAAAGUAUUUUUCAUCUCGUCAUUCUGUCCUUCCUACAGGCUGGUCAGUAUCAAUGGAUCAUUUGCCAAAAUUGAAAACAAGACUUCGAAAAGAUACAAAUACUGAUAAAUCUUAUGAUGACGAUACUUUACUAACAGCUGAAUCUGAAGAUGAGCCUUUUUCUCAUGGAACACCAAUUUCGUUGGAUGAUAUGAUAGAGGACAGUGAUUUUUCCAUAACUAAAGAUUCAAGCGAUGAUGAACUUUUACGUACAAAUCCCGUAUUAGAAAAAACAAGUCAUAUAUCUUUAAAGCAAGAACAUCGAUCACGUUUAUCGUCUGAAACGAAUGUUUAUGAAACCAAGGUACUUAAAAACAGUAAAGCUUUUAUUCGUCAAGGAGAAGCUAUUGUAUGUGAAUGGUCAGCUGAACAUUAUACUUCUAUGUUUUUAAAUGAAGUGGAAAAUGGGUUAAAAUGUGGUACCGUAUGGGACGAUGUUGAAAAAUAUGAAGACCCUUUGCUUUCUAGUCGCCGUGAGCCAUCAACUAUCCAUUUAGAUGAUUGCUUGGAUUUAUUUGCAAAAAAGGAACAGCUAGGAGAGGAUGAUCUUUGGUAUUGUCCGAAUUGUAAGGAGCAUCGUCGAGCAACGAAACAAUUGGAGAUAUGGAAAUCCCCUGAUAUCCUUGUGAUUCAUUUAAAAAGGUUUUCUAGCUCAAGAAACCUAAGAGAUAAAAUAGAUGUUCUUGUUGACUUUCCACUUAAAGGACUUGAUCUUUCUCAACGUGUAGCAGGGUACAGAUAUGACUCCAGUUCGACUAAUGAUUCUCAAAUAUAUGAUCUCUACGCUGUAAGUAAUCAUUUUGGAGGACUAGGUGGGGGUCAUUAUACAGCUUAUGUGGUUUUAGAAGACGGUCAUUUUUACCAUUUUGAUGAUUCCUUAGUUGUACGAGUUCAUGAAUCUCAGAUCGUUACGCCUGCUGCAUAUUUAUUAUUUUAUCGUCGAAGAACAGAUAAAGCACUUGGAGAAUCAACUAUGACGAAAAUUACAGAGUAUAUAUCUAAAAUAUCUACAGAGUCAUAUGAUAAAAUGAAUGCUAUAUCUUCAUUAAAUAAAUCUCCGGAUCUGAGUAUGCCAAAUGAAAAAUUUGCACCUGAUCCUCACACUAUUUCAAUGCCAAAUAUGCAAUUUAAUAUGACACACGUUGAUUUAUCUAUAACACCGGAUGACAGUGUAAAUUCCAAUUCUCAGGACUCUAUAGAGUCAGGAAAAAUUACAUUUAGCGAUGGAUUUGACUACAAUGAUAAAGGAGAGUGUUUAAACUUUGAAACCUCUAUAUAG